ACAAACCUGCUGGGACUUGUUUAACGUGGGCCUAGAUCCUCAGAACAAACACUUGGGUCUUGGGGGAGAAAAUUCCCUAAUUUGUGAAACAGGAAAUAGAGAAACCAACCCCCUGGGCAGGGCUGGGAAAACUGACCAGACUUCCAGUGCUGAACCCUCAGCCUGCUAGCCAGGGGCUGGUGUGACAUGGAAAGGGGGCACCCACCAGGGAGGUGCAGGGAAGAUGUCCCUGCCCCUCACAUCCAGCUGCUGGCAGUGGGGAGGGUGUUGGGUUCGUACCAUGGGGUUGUAUCAGCCCCUGGGUAGUAGGUGUGUGAUGGAUCUGCAGGCAGAGACAAGGGGUCUCUCCUUGUUCUCUCACCAUGGUGCCCCUGGCUGCUCUCAGCAGUGUGGGGAUAGGACUCUGCCGACUGUUUCUCUCUCAGCGCUUCCAUUUGAUUGGCUGCUUUCUCCCAUGAAUAGGGGGGCUGUGAGUGGGGAGCAGGUACUGAGUGUUGGACUCUUGCUCUUUCAGGGGCCGGUGACCUUCGAGGAGGUGGCUGUGUAUUUCACCAGGGAAGAGGGGGCUCUGGUGGACCCCACUCGCAGAGCCCUUUACAGAGACAUCAUGCAGGAGAACUAUGAGAAGGUGACCUUGCCGAGGUUUCCAGUUUCCAAACCCUCUGUGAUCUCCCAGCUGGAAGGAGGGGAAGAGCCGUGGGUCCUGGAUCUCCAGGAUUCAGAGGAAAACGAGAUCCUGAGAAGUCCCUGGACAGGUGAGGAAACAUUAAACCAACCCAGAAACUCAGGUGAUGGGGUGGUGUGGGAGAGCGAGGAGCAGAAUCCUCACCAGGAAGAUGCUGAGCUCGCCGAAGCGCAUGGGGAAUUACUGCGAAGAUCCAAAGGGAGCGUGUCCAGCCCCCGUGAUCAGGGAAAAGGUGAUGAAAGUUACCAUAGACAAGAGAGAGAGUAGGGAAACCACUCAGAGGAGAGAGUGGAUGAAUCCAUUAAUUGUC